CGACAUUUGCUGUUAGAGCCUCUACAGGUUUUUCUACAGCUGAUAGUGUAUGAAGUAAGUAGGUCAUUUCGACUUAAAGGAGGCUGAUGCAUUUUUCUCUUUAAGUGUGCUCAUAGUUAUUAAGAGCAAGUUAUAUUUCUGAUAUUUAAGAAAACUUAUGGUGAACUGGCCUAAUGUAAGAGAAGUGCCGAGUUGUUGACAAACACGUUAGAAAGCCGAACUUAAUUGUACAAACUCUUUAAGACAAAGACUUAGCCAACAUGGCUGAUAAGUUGGGGCUUGGGCCUGAAAUUAAGGAACUUCGUUUGGGUAGCAGUUUUACCAACCCAAGGGGAUCAGCAUUUCAUACCUUUCGAUACGAUUUUAAGCCAGCAAGUGUGGAUACCAGUAAAAUGGCCACUGUUGACAUAUUACCAAACAACGAAGUUAAUGUGACUGUCCCUCACUGUGAUGGUGCAGGAACUUCACAAACUUCUGUCUUUAGAGGUCCCAAAAAACCGUACACAAAGGAAUGUGUACUAAUAAUUGAUCACAACACAGGUGAAAUAACAUUGGAAAGGUUGUCCCACAAUAUCCAGCUAAAAAAAACAAGGGCUGAAGGCACUGGUAAAGCCGGAAGAUCAUCAUCACCAGUUGAUCUAACACCACAGCAACCACAGUACUAUUCUCAGCAAAAGAAGUCAUCUCCAUUGCAGAAAUCACCAACAUCUUCUUUUUCACCUCCCACUCCCUCUCCCCCAUACAAUCCGACGCAAAAAAAUUCUCCCAAACAUGUUUCUGGAUUUCCUAUGAAGAAAAGCAGUUCAUCUCCACACCAGCUUGUAGCUAAUUCCAGUGUAGCACCAGCGUCAGGUAGCAUGCCUCUAUUGGAUGACUUAGACCUGAUAACGGAAGGGCCUCGACAAGAGGUUGCACCGACAGUUGGAGUGUUAUCCGACAGUUCUAGCGACAGUGGAAGUGAUUCAAGUUCGGAUUCUAGUGAAUCGGAUUCUGAUUCUGACUUGGAGGAUACUCAUAUUCCUAAUGAGCGAAAUAAUGGAAGCCCGGUUAUACCGAAGGAACCCAUGUCCAUAUCGAAUUCUUCCCUAGCGCAUUUGUCGAUGCCUUCCCAUUUGCUUAGCGAAGAUUUGAGGUUGUCGGAUUCCGGGUCGGAGAGUGACUGAAAAUAAAUUCAAAUCCGUGUUGUUUGAGACAAGAGAUUGCCAUUGCUACCUCUUCCAACAUGGAGACGAAUCCCAAACGUCAUCACAUUUGCUAUAUCGUGUGGGCUCAUUGUGAAGUUGUAAAGCUGGAGGCAACGGUCAUCGAUUUCAUUUUUGUGGAAUACGGAUUAUUCUUCAAAGAAAAUGAAAACCUUUGUGCCUUUGGAAUCGGCGAUGACCUGCACAUUCACUCAUUCGUUAUAAUGGUUUAUCUGCUGUUGAUUGUGGUGUCUUUUUAUGUGAUCGCGCUGCUUCUAUCUUUCUAGUGUGAUUUACCUCGGGAUGUGGUUUGAAUACAUGAAUGGAUUACAA